GGAGCCGCCGCGGACAUGGGUUUCCUGAAACUGAUAGAGAUCGAGAACUUUAAAUCGUACAAGGGUCGACAGAUUAUCGGACCAUUUCAGAGGUUCACCGCCAUCAUUGGACCCAAAGGCUCGGGUGCUGUGGAAUCUAUUGCCAUGAAGAACCCCAAAGAGAGGACAGCUCUAUUUGAAGAGAUCAGUCGCUCUGGGGAGCUGGCCCAGGAGUAUGAUAAGCGAAAGAAGGAAAUGGUGAAGGCUGAAGAAGACACACAAUUUAAUUACCAUCGCAAGAAAAACAUUGCAGCUGCACGCAAGGAGGCCAAACAGGAAAAAGAAGAGGCGCACCGCUACCAGCGCCUGAAAGAUGAGGUGGUACGAGCCCAGGUACAGCUGCAACUCUUUAAGCUUUAUCGUAAUGAAGUAGAAAUCGAGAAACUCAACAAGGAACUGGCCUCAAAGAACAAAGAGAUUGAGAAAGACAAGAAGCGAAUGGACAAGGUAGAGGAUGAGCUGAAGGAGAAGAAGAAGGAGCUGGGCAAAAUGAUGCGGGAGCAGCAGCAGAUCGAGAAGGAGAUCAAGGAGAAGGACUCAGAGCUGAAUCAGAAGCGACCUCAGUACAUCAAAGCCAAGGAGAAUACCUCCCACAAAAUCAAGAAGCUGGAAGCAGCUAAGAAGUCUCUGCAGAAUGCUCAGAAGCACUAUAAAAAGCGUAAAGGUGACAUGGAUGAACUGGAGAAGGAGAUGCUGUCUGUGGAGAAGGCCCGGCAGGAGUUUGAAGAACGGAUGGAAGAGGAGAGUCAGAGUCAGGGCAGAGACUUGACCCUGGAGGAGAAUCAGGUAAAGAAAUACCACUGGCUGAAAGAAGAAGCCAACAAGAGAGCAGCCACUUUAGCCCAGGAGCUGGAGAAGUUCAAUAGAGACCAGAAAGCUGACCAGGACCGUUUGGAUCUGGAAGAGCGGAAGAAAGUAGAAACAGAGGCCAAGAUCAAGCAGAAGCUGCGGGAGAUUGAAGAGAAUCAGAAGUGGAUUGAGAAGCUGGAGGAAUACAUCACUACUAGCAAGCAAUCCCUAGAGGAGCAGAAGAAGCUAGAGGGAGAACUGACUGAGGAGGUGGAGAUGGCCAAGAGGCGAAUAGAUGAGAUCAAUAAGGAGCUGAACCAGGUGAUGGAGCAGUUGGGGGAUGCACGCAUAGACCGCCAGGAGAGCAGCCGUCAGCAGCGAAAGGCAGAGAUAAUGGAAAGCAUCAAGCGCCUUUACCCUGGCUCUGUGUAUGGCCGCCUCAUUGACCUCUGCCAGCCCACACAAAAGAAGUAUCAGAUUGCUGUGACCAAGGUUUUGGGCAAGAACAUGGAUGCCAUUAUUGUAGACUCAGAAAAGACAGGCCGGGAUUGUAUUCAGUAUAUCAAGGAGCAGCAUGGGGAGCCAGAGACCUUCUUGCCUCUUGACUACCUGGAGGUGAAACCUACAGAUGAAAAACUCCGGGAACUGAAGGGGGCCAAGCUAGUGAUUGAUGUGAUUCGCUAUGAGCCACCUCACAUCAAAAAAGCCCUGCAGUAUGCUUGUGGCAAUGCCCUUGUCUGUGACAAUGUAGAAGAUGCCCGCCGCAUUGCCUUUGGAGACCAUCAGCGUCACAAGACAGUUGCACUGGAUGGGACCCUGUUCCAGAAGUCAGGAGUCAUCUCUGGUGGAGCCAGUGACCUGAAAGCGAAGGCACGGCGCUGGGAUGAGAAAGCAGUAGACAAGUUGAAAGAGAAGAAGGAGCGGUUGACAGAGGAGCUGAAAAAGCAAAUGAAGGCAAAGCGGAAAGAGGCAGAGCUGCGUCAGGUGCAGUCUCAGGCCCAUGGAUUGCAGAUGCGACUCAAGUACUCACAGAGCGACCUAGAACAGACCAAGACACGACAUCUGGCACUAAAUCUCCAGGAAAAGUCCAAGCUGGAGAGUGAGCUGGCCAACUUCGGGCCUCGAAUUAAUGAUAUCAAGAGGAUUAUUCAGAGCCGAGAGAGGGAAAUGAAAGACUUAAAAGAGAAGAUGAACCAGGUAGAGGAUGAGGUAUUUGAAGAAUUUUGUCGGGAGAUUGGUGUCUGCAACAUCCGAGAAUUUGAGGAAGAGAAGGUGAAGCGACAGAAUGAAAUUGCCAAGAAGCGUUUGGAGUUCGAAAAUCAGAAGACUCGCUUGGGCAUCCAGUUGGAUUUUGAAAAGAACCAACUGAAGGAAGACCAGGAUAAAGUACACAUGUGGGAACAGACAGUAAAAAAGGAUGAAAAUGAGAUAGAAAAACUCAAGAAGGAAGAGCAAAGACAUAUGAAGAUCAUAGAUGAGACCAUGGCCCAACUACAAGACCUGAAGAAUCAGCACCUGGCCAAGAAGUCAGAAGUGAAUGACAAGAAUCAUGAGAUGGAGGAAAUUCGGAAGAAACUUGGGGGUGCCAACAAGGAAAUGACUCAUUUACAGAAGGAGGUAACAGCCAUUGAGACCAAACUUGAACAGAAGCGCAGUGAUAGCCACAACUUGCUACAGGCCUGCAAGAUGCAAGACAUCAAGUUGCCGCUGUCAAAGGGCACUAUGGAUGAUAUUAGUCAGGAAGAGGGUAGCUCCCAAGGGGGGGAAUCAGUGAGUGGUUCCCAGAGAACGUCCAGUAUCUAUGCUCGAGAAGCCCUCAUUGAAAUCGACUACGGUGACCUGUGUGAGGAUCUGAAGGAUGCCCAGGCUGAGGAGGAAAUCAAGCAGGAAAUGAACACACUGCGGCAGAAACUGAAUGAGCAGCAGAGUGUGCUUCAGCGAAUUGCUGCCCCUAACAUGAAGGCCAUGGAAAAGCUGGAAAGUGUCCGAGACAAGUUCCAGGAGACCUCAGAUGAAUUUGAGGCAGCCCGAAAGUGAGCAAAGAAGGCCAAACAGGCUUUUGAACAGAUUAAGAAGGAGCGAUUUGACCAUUUCAAUGCUUGUUUUGAAUCUGGGGCUACUAACAUUGAUGAGAUCUACAAGGCUCUGUCUCGUAACAGCAGUGCCCAGGCAUUCUUGGGCCCUGAGAAUCCUGAGGAGCCCUACUUGGAUGGUAUCAACUACAACUGUGUAGCUCCUGGCAAACGCUUCUGGCCUAUGGAUAACUUGUCGGGUGGGGAGAAGACAGUGGCAGCUCUGGCCCUACUCUUUGCCAUCCACAGCUACAAGCCAGCCCCCUUCUUCGUCCUGGAUGAGAUCGAUGCUGCCUUGGAUAACACCAACAUUGGCAAGGUGGCAAAUUAUAUCAAGGAGCAGUCGACUUGCAACUUCCAGGCCAUCAUCAUCUCUCUCAAGGAGGAGUUCUACACCAAGGCUGAGAGCCUCAUUGGAGUCUAUCCUGAGCAAGGGGACUGUGUGAUCAGCAAAGUCCUGACCUUCGACCUCACCAAGUACCCAGAUGCCAACCCCAACCCCAAUGAGCAGUAGCAGUAGUUCUACCCUCCUGCCCUUUCUGGAUUCAUAAACUUCCCCUCUACCAAUCUGGAUAUUUGGCACCCAACCUUCCCCUCCCUCCUGGUCCUGUUUGGUGUAAUCAUGGGAUUUAGGCACUGUUAUCAAGCACGAAGAGGAACAGAGGUGAUGUUAGGUCUGGAGCAAAAAUUCCUGAGCUACAGGGAGCAUCCUGGCCUCUGGAAGGAGGUGCUAAGCUGAGCUGAACAGGGCCAUCUGUCCAUACCACCCCCUCCCAGACCACCCCACCCAUCACACAUUAAUCAUGGGUCCCUUGGGUCCCUGGCCCACUGAGUGUGUGGGUAUGUAUGUGUGUUUAUGUAUGUUUGCUUGUGUGCAUGUGGGUGUGUUUGCAAAAUAAUAAAAGAUAUUGGAGACCUGUUUUAGAAAGAGCCUAGGCUGAAUUUGAUUCCAAGAGACCUUAGGAUGACAGCACCCCAGAGCUGGGCAAAGGUACUUGGUACCUCAUAGGAGUCUUAGGCAGUCACUGGAAACUGCCCUCAUUCACUUAUUCAUACGUUCAUAUAUUCAUCAGACACAUACUGAACACCCUCUAUUUGUCAGGCUCUAUGCUUAGAAUACUAAGUUUAAAUCUGACAUGAUCUCUGUCCUGGUAAGGAGAUGUAGUGGAUUCAUGAAUUACAGUGGUUAGCCAAUUUGAGAAGAGGAUGAUCACCUCUAGGUUUCCUGGAGAAGAUCAUGUUUGAGCUGGACCUUGACAAAUUGGUAGAAUUUGGUCAGGCACUAGAAGCAGAACAUGGGCUCUAGGGCAGACAGUUAGGGGUUCUGGUCCCGCGUCAUCACUUACUAGUUGUUUGACCUUUCUGUGCCUCAGUUCCCUCAUCUGUAAAAUGGGGCUAAUAAUAUUACCUACCUCAUAGGAUUUAAUGAUGUCAAGCUCCUCACUGGAGGCAUUAUCCAUGUGGAGCCAACUAGGUGCCAACCCUUCAGAAUACAAGCCUUCUCAUGCCUGGACCCUUGAGGGCUUCUGAUCCUGGCUUUUAGGGACAGAAGGAACCUCCAAAUCUGGGAGGUGUUCUGGUUAAUGAGAAAGUUCCAGGGAGAUGACAGGGUUUACCUAGUAAGUGGAGGUCCUAAGAAAGCCUGUAGCUUCAACCAUGUAUAACUGGGUGCUUGGGCCCCAAUUUGGGUUGUGAGGAACUAGGAGGAGAGGUAGCCUGGGCCUAAUAUGUGAUGAUCCUGUUGGGACCUAACCUCAUUAGCUAUAAGGACAGGACUGUAGAGGCAGCAAAGCCUGGUGCAAUGAGUUCAGCUUUCUUCACUCAUUCACGUACAUUAUCAUACUUUUCUUAUCCUGAUCAUGUCUUGCUUUUUUGUUUUUUAAAAAUUAAAUCAACUGGGGGUGUAGUUUAGUGGUAGAGUACAUGCUUAGCAUGUGCAGGGCCCUGGGUUGUCCCAGCUGCCCCCACACCAGAGUUCUAACUACAAAAGUAAUGCAUGAAUCCAUUCUCUUAAAGAAAUUAGAUUGUUGCAGAUAAAAGUAGCCUCAUUCAACUAUAACUACUCCCUUUCCUAUUCUUUCCCCUCAUAACUGCUGUUAUGUUUUUUAUGCUUCCAUCUAGACUUUGUUUUAAUAUUUUUACAUACAUAUAUGAAUUCACUGAAAAUAUUGUGUCUAAUGCAAAUGCUAUAUUGAAUUGUUCUCCAUUUCUUUGCUUAACAAUGUUUUUGAAAUCUG